AUGGUGGAUACGCCAAAAGAGGAUGGCGAUGAAGGCUGUAAGAAUCCAAUAAAGGACAAUAACACUGAUAAACCACCAAAACAACGGCAUCAGCGGCGCCGUUCAAAAUCACGCCGCGACAAAGAAAGCAAUACCGGCAAUAGAGACGACAACACUCCAGAGAAUACGGAAGACCCAGACGCCCCCGUCGAACCAACAUCCGAGAAGGACGAUAGGAAGGAGGGGCAGGGUAACCCUGACGAGCCAGUCGGGAACAAGGACUCGGAGGACAGCAAUUAUAUGCCACCGUCCGAAGACGAAAUAAGCCUCGGCGACGAUGACUUCAUCGUGCCAGAGGAACCCCUCGAGCAAGAACGCUUUAAGCAACAGCUCAUCGCAACCACGAGGAUCCUGAAAAGGAAGCAGCAAAGGCUUCAAGCCGAAUAG